AUGAACAAAAAAGAUAAGACUGAAGAGGGUCAGGUACAACUAGACGAUAAAAAUAAGUACCUGCCCCUAGAAACAUCUAUGGUUAGAGAAACAUUCAACAAAGUUCAAGACCUCAUGUCAAACGCCAGACCCACCGCGCAUACCAGUGUUNAGCCAAAACACAACCUGCCACACAAAGAACGUAAAGCUAUCAGAGAGCUUAAAACAAAUUCUGAAAUAAAAAUAAAAAAGGCAGACAAGGGAUCAACAACAGUCAUAAUGAACAAAAAAGAUAAGAUUGAAGAGAGCCAGGUACAACUAGAUGAUAAAAAUAAGUACCUGCCCCUAGAAACAUCUAUGGUUAGAGAAACAUUCAACAAAGUUCAAGACCCCAUCAACGAGCUCCACCGCCAUAACUACAUCAACGAUAUGACAAAGAAAUGGCUACCGGUAUGUCAAACGCCAGACCCACCACGCAUACCAGUGUUUUACACACUUACAAAGAUUCACAAACCUACACCUGUAGGAAGACCUAUAAAAUCAGGUUGUGAUGGUCCAACAGAACGGAUAUCAUCAUUUGUAGACUACAUCCUCCAGCCAAUAGUAAAAUCACAAAAAUCGUGUCUCAAGGAUACAAAAGACUUCAUCAAUUUUGUAGAAAAAACGAAAGUCCCACACAACGCAAUUAUGGUAUCACUGGACGUUACCAGCCUGUACACCAACAUUCUUCAAGAAGAGGGUAUCGAAACUGUAUGCAAAGCAUACGAAACAUUCUAUCAAGGAGAAACCCCAAUACCAACCAAUGCGCUAAGGAAAAUGCGUAGACUUAUACUUCAGGAGAACUCCUUCCAAUUUUGUGGAAGAGACUACCUUCAGACUCACGGCACUGUGAUGGGCACUAAAAUGGCAGUUGCUUUUGCCAAUAUCUUUAUGUCCGCAGUUGAAACCAAACUCAUCAACAAGAGCAAAACGAAACCACUCAAGUGGAAAAGAUACAUUGAUGAUAUAUUUUCUUUGUGGGGUACAACAAAAGAAGAGAUUGAUCUCUUUAUCUUAGAAGCCAACAGGCAUCAUACUACCAUUAAAUUCACGGAUAAUAUAUCAGAGAAAGAUACAAACUUCCUAGACACUACAGUAUUUAAAGGCGAAAGAUUCUACGAGGAGUCAAUCCUAGACAUUCGCACACAUUUCAAACCUACUGAAACCUUUCAGUACACGUAUUUCUCUUCUUGUCACGCCCCCGGUGUGGCGAAGGGCUUCAUCAAAGGGGAAGCCCUCAGACUUCGUAGAACCAACUCUUCAAAAGCGCUUUUUGAAGAAAGCAUUAAUAUUUCAAGUCGCGAUUACGCGACAGAGGCUAUCCAAACAACAUAG